GGCAGAGCAAAAGCAGUCGCAUAACUGCACUGGUGACGGCCAAAAUUUGAAGAGCGACGGUUUCAGUCAACGCACUGCAACGUGCGAGCAGCUCGCGCAAUCCUGUGCGACAAAGCUCUGAGAGACACCACCAGACAAGAGAGCACUGACAAGCAAUUGAAUGCGCGACGCUACAAGGGACGCGGAAGGAUCACCACAACCACCGCCGAGAAGUAAGAUGAUCCGCCGCCGCGGCCUCCUAGCAAUAUGCCUCCUCGUGGCAGGAGCCGCGGCGUUCCGACGCCGCCGCUUCCAGCCGAACUGGUCCUUCCGGCGGUCGGCGGACUGGGUCAUCGCGCGCACGCCAACGCGCUACGGCGACGCGCUGCGCACUAUCCGCAAAUGCAUGGACUGCGACGCCCUCGAGGUCUCGCUGCAGAACCAUAGUUUCGUGCUCACGAACGCCACCCUGUCGCUCGACGACGAAGAAGCGCUCCGGGUCGAGCGCCUGGAGGUCGUCGUCGAGAGCUACUCUCCUCUUAUAGUGUCGGUGUCGCUUGGCACGGUGCAAGUAAGCGUGAAUGCGCACGACCUGCUCCUGCGCGACACGAACUGGCACCGGCUGAGCGAGCUCGAGGAAGCAUUCACGCAACUCUCGCCCUCCUCGUCGGCGUCGUCCUCCUCCUCGUCGUCGCUCUCGGGCGUGCGGCGCCUCGACUUCUCCGGGGUAGCUAUGCUGCAGUUGACGCCGAACGAACUGCUGGGCGGCGCGGACAGUCGCGUCUCGGCGGUUCUUGACUGGUCGCACGACCUGGCGCCAAUCUCGCGGCGCAUCGAGAAACGAGCGGAGAAGGAGGGCUCCGUGAGCCUCAUCGACGUGUUCACCAUGAUCAGGACCGACCUGGUGCUGGCCGCGGGCGGCCUGGUCUUAGCGCGGGUGCUCGACGCGCAGGACGGCGAACGGACGUCGAAAUCUGCCAUCCGCGUGGCGGGCGUCGAGGUCGAUCUUUUGCGGCCGAAGGCUACCUUGGACGGGUUGGGCGACCGCUUCACCAGGUACGUCGAGCGCAAGGCGGCCGAGACGCUGGGCCUCGACCAGGCCGAGCUCGCGGCGGCGGCAGCGGCGCUGAGGCGUCGCGGCGACGCCGUGGAUGAUGGCGAUGAGCCGCCAGGCGGUUCGCGCUCGGAGUUGUAGUUUGUUAAGACUGUUUUCAUACGA